GGUGAAGGCAAGUACUUGCUCUUGUGCUAUCGGGAGGGCCAAGUGUCACCAUGUAGCAGCCCUGCUGAUUUGGGCUGAAAAGAACCUAACCCGCACGGAUGUCGAGUGUGUGUGGAAGAGGGCCCCAGCACCAAAAACAGAUGAGGUCACAGCGAAGAGGGUGUCUGUGAUAGCACCUUCCACAUCUCAAGGUCAGGUUUUCUUUGAAUACUAAAAGCUACGCCCUGUCUGGCUUUAGUGUUAUAAAUGAAUGGUGAUGCUACUGACAGCAGGUAUGUGAGAUAGGAGAUGGUUUCAAGUGAGAACACUAUAAUCUAUUAUUUCAGCUGGAAUUAAACGACCUGUCACCCAGGAGGACAGAGAAUGGACACUGAACUCCUUGGCACAGCUGGGCCGUUUUACAGGUCUUGGUUGGAUUCUGGCACCAGAAACACCUCAGACCUUUGAUGGGGUAGUGACCAGCUCAGGUUAUGGCCAUGCAGAGGACAAAGCUCUGUAUGUGCUUUCAUCGCUUGCUGUCAGCCCACAAGAGAAAGAAGCCAUUGAGAGAGCCACAGAUGGCAUAUCGCCACAAAAGAAUCACAGCCAGCAACUUCGGUUUGGUGUUGGCAGCAUUGAAGCGGAACUCUUACCCUCCUUCCUUAUUCAAAACCCUGCUUGGCCAAUACAACCUCAAACAAGGAUCUCAUGCUUGUGAUUGGGGAAUCCUCCAUGAGCCAAAGGCAAAGCAGGAAUACAUGGAGCGCACUGGUGUGACCAUCCAGGAGAGGGGAGUGUUCCUUUCUGACAGCGGCCUGCUCGGUGGCUCUCCAGAUGGGACGGUGGCUGAUGACUUCAUCAUUGAGGUGAAAUGUCCCUAUUCAGCCAGAACCAAGACCAACCUGCAGGCAGCGGAGAGGAAGGACUUUUUUCUAGAACUGGAUGAAGUCACUGGCUUACUGAAGCUCAAGCAAACACACAACCACUGGCAUCAGAUUCAGGGCAAUCUGCACCUGACAGGAGCCAACAAUUGUCAUCUUGUGGUGUGGACUCCUCUUGACCUUGUUAUCCUGCUCAUCCCUAAAGACCCAGCAUGGGCUAGCAACAUUAACAUUCUGGAAACAUUUUAUAAGGAUUGUUUCCUUCCUCGCAUACUUCUGCAUUCAUGACCUGUUCUAGUGAAGGAUUUCUUUCUUCUGCAGCUUGCCAGGCCACCAAGGUAUCUAUCCUUUUGUUUUGUUGUACAUUCUCAUCACACAGUACAUAACACACUACACAUAGUCAGAUGCCAUUUACACUGAUACACCUAGUCUCCUAGUCUCUUUAAAAGGUCCCAUGACAUGUCAUCAGGUGUGGUGUGAUUAGCCGUUACAAGCCGUUUUGGAAAUCUGCCCCUUAUGACAUCACAGGUGGGCGUGUCCACCUAGAUGUAUGACGGAUAGAUGAGCAUCGUUUGCUGCAGUCUACUGUGUUGGCUGGUAGACUGAUCUAUCCAGCACACAUCUAGGUGGACACGCCCACAUGUGAUGUCAUAAGGGGCAGAUUUCCAAAACAGCUUGUAAGCUAAUCACACAACACCUGGUGCCGUGUCAUGGGACCUUUUAUGGGUAAGGCCUCAUUCAUGUUCACUAUUCAUUCACUAUAUUAUUGUUUUGUUACAUUGUUUGUGUUAACAAUAAACUGACUGGGAGU